GCAUACAGUACAGACGCGUCGUUCUAGGGCAGUAGCGAUUCUGCGAGCGAGCAACAGGUGGAGAACACGAGAGGCGCACGCCGGGCACGAAGCGGAUCAGAAGACAGCAGCAGAGCGCUCUCACAGCCAGGAUGGCAGGUCGCGGGGCGGCGGCGUGUGCGUCGUCAAUGCUGAUGACGCUGCUGGCUGUGCUGCUCACGGUCUCUGCGGUGGCCCCACCACGGGAGGCGCAAGCUGCAUCGCCAACGAGGCGGCGGCUGCUGUACGCCACAGCCGGAGAACCCGAUGUCCAGGCAUGGAGAAGAGCCGACCCCGCGGAGGCGAGCCUGGAAGCAGCUGGAAGCCAGCUGGAUUCGGCGGCGGUGACUGCGGGCGGCGCGCUGCCAGAGGACGAGGACCUCGUGUUCGGGGACGACGUGCAGCCCAUCAGGAACAGGCCGCGACCCGGGGGCAAGCGCCGCCGCCGCAAGCGCCCCCGCCGCCCCCUGCCCCCCGAGCUGUUCGACGUGCCCGCCCCCGACGAGUCCGCCCCCGAGGCCGACCUGCCCGCGCUACCCUACCAGCGGCCGCGGCCAGCCUACGAGGAGCCGGAGGCGGAGGCGGAGACGGCCGCCCCGAGGCCGCGCCGCAGGAAGCUGCGCCGCAGGCCGCCGGCCCCGGCGCUGCCCCUGGGGGCGGAGGAGGGCGCGGGGGCGGCGCCGGCGCCGGCGCGCUACCACAGCCGCUACAGGGACGACGAGCUGCCGGCGCCCAGGCGCAGGACCCGCGGCAGGAGGCCCGGCGUCGCUGCAGGUGCUGAAGACGCAGAAGCUGGGCUGUCACUGUACAGUGAGGACAUCGGUCCACUGGCACCACGCAGGAGGCGCCCAGUACACCAGUUCCACGCUAGAAUCCCUGAAGAUGAGCCCAUUCCUCUGGAGCGAGUCCCUCUACGUGAUCACGGUGAUGGCAUCCCCCUCUUGGAGGCAGGCAAUCCGCCGCCACCUCACGACAGCACUGGCGAUGACGACACGUUCUUCCCAAAACCUAGGAGGCGCAACAGGCUGCGAUACCAGAACUCUCAGCCGCUUUAUGACCAUACCGUCAUAGCACACGAAGAUAGUUUCGGUGAAGGGUAUCCAGAUGGUGGUGAUAAUCAGACGAGAUCUCGUAAGCGCCAGAACCUAUCGACAAGAGUUCACUUUGAUGACAGUGCGCUACCGGUGCCUGCCACAGACAAUAGUGGUUCUGUUGCAGAAGAAGUCUCGUCACCAGCUACAGGCACUGCCAGAUUUCAAGCAGGUAUUGUUUCUAAUUUGCAUCAACAGACUAAAGGUGAGGUUCACAAUGGAGAUGUGAGACCAGCACCACAGACAGACAGUGAGGGGAAAACAGCUGUGUUGACAGUGGGAACUGAGGAUUCCAGAAUUGAACAAACUGAAACAUUAUCACACGACAAUCGCGAUACAGCUGGUGCACUUCAAGAGGAUGCAAUCAUUAAGCUGGUGGCAGUCAAUACUGCCCAGUCCCUUAGCAAUAGUGCUAGCAACAAAGAACUGGCUGAGAAUAAGAUUUCAGAGACAGCCAAUGCCACAUCAGGCUUCACCACAGAAAAUUCAGCCAUCACAACUGAAAUUACUGCAACAAUUACUACAGUGAGAAGAGAUUCCUCAGAUCAGGAGACUGUCAGUACACCGACCCCAGUUCCUAUAAGCCUGUCAGAACUGCUGAGGAUCAAGAACAUUACAUUGGGUGACAUCGUGCGUGAGAAUGGGGAGUCAACAACGGCCUCCAGAGUCAGAGAUAAGCUGCGUCAACCCCAACAGCACCGCAGAAUCCCUAUCCACAGGCUACCGACACCGACAGAACUAUUUGCGAGGAAGAGAGGAUCACUUCACCAGACUGUCAAUAUUUCUGGCCCACCAACAGCCAUUCCUCCAUUAGUCAACACUAUACCUGCAAUUACAGGCUUUCAGACAAAUACACCACACACACUUACUGUGAGUACAGUGCCAACAACUGUAUCUGAAGUAGCCAUGGCCACUCUUCCAGUGAAGAUAACUCCUAUUGUAAAUGCAAGUCUGACCAACAGUGGCGCAAAUCUAUCAUCCAGCACACCUUCUCCAUCUGUGAAACUGUCCCCGGCAGCAGAAAGAGUCCCAACAAGCAGACCUGUCACCGAGCUUCCGACAGUAACGGUGAGAAGUGGUCAGGUUGAUGAGAAACCGGUGGUAAAAAUGCCAACAGUCAAUGUACCACUCAUUAUGCAAGAGUCACCAGCCAUAGAUCCUGUCAAGGCAAUGGGUGAAGGAGGAGUGAAUGCCUCAGCAAGCUCCUCCAAGAGUCGAGUUGUCAUAAUGCCGAGCAGUGUCCCCGCUGUAGUUUCUGACACAGAAAGUGACAGUGAAGACGUUCCAGAUGAAGACAUCCUGGAACUGCUGAGAACACAGGCAGGCUCGGCCAAGCUUGCCAAGAUAUUGCAGUCGCGCAAUAUGACUCUGCAAGAGCUGAUUGAGCACAGAGAGAGGGGAUCGUCACACCAACAUCUUUCCGAUAUUUUUAGUGGAAAGAAGAAGCAGUCACUUCCUCAGCUACCAGUGUUGUUGAGGGGACAGAGUCUGGCACACGAUGAACCGAUGCAGAUCAGCAUGACAGACCCAUCUCGGAACCCAAGAAUAAUGACUGGGCUACAUCAUGGAACUUCGGCUCACAGUUCACAGCCGUCCGCAUCCGGAGGUGAUAGUAAUAACAUUGCCUUCCACCCAGGACUACGUAUUGACCAGAAUAGGGAAUCAAACAAGACACAGUCAGGAGGAACAGGUAGUUUCCGUUUCCCAGAUGCAUUACCACUGCCCUCUCGUCCUGCACUACCUCCAUCUUUCACCACCUUCAACAAUCCUCCAAAGACAGACAUACCUGGCCACUCCGGCCACACAGUUGAGCUCGACAUCAGCAGGCACAGAGUUCUUCAGCCAGUCAAGCCCAAUGGAUUCUUCAUUGCUGAAGUGACUGAGGAAUCCAAUGACAUCCGAGACCAGCCAGUCACUGCAGGUUCCAGCAAUCAUCCAGUUCACAGAAUUAACAGCUUCUACGAUGUACGGCCAAAUGCAAUAAAUGGUCCAGAACUGCAGGCAGUGCUCAUCCAUCAACUUACUCAGCAGAGUACUGGAAAGCAAGCUGAGGCUGGUCACAAAAACUGGAUGGUGGACCACGAUGAGGUCAUACCUGGAGGAGCCACACAGCCCAAAGAGAUGGUCAAUGCAGCAGUGGAUCCUACAGUGGAACCAGAAACAGAUAUUGUGACAGCAGACGAUGUCGACGAAAUGGCAGCUGUGAGGGAGGAUGACAGUGUAAACAGGGACAGUACCGAGUCUGACGACAUCGCUUGGCUGUCUCCGUCAGCCAGAUCAGCAGUCACAGCUGGCGGCACGGUGCUCGGCGCAGCGCUCCUCGUCUUCUUGGCGGUGCUGGUCGGAUGCCGAGUGCGACAGCGGAGGCGCCGUGCCCGGGCGCGUUCGCCCAUGAUCCUCAACCGGGGGGCCACACUCGGCGCCAAGCGUAAUCUCGGGGGCACACUCGUGCUUCCGGGUCACAAGAGGAAAAAGCAGGAGGGCAGUCAGCAGCACUACCUAGAGGACGACUUUGCUGAGCCUCCGAGGAGGUACUAUCUGUGGAGGACCAUUCGCAAGACACUUCAGUACAAGUGAUAGUGCUUACAAGAUGAGUACAGGACAUCAAUAGAUGAGCUGGGCGGUAACUUGUGUUAACUGCUUUGGGUUAAAAAAAAAAAAAAAAAAACAAUGCCAAAGGUACACAACCAUCAUUUCUGCCACAUUCUCUCCCAGUGAUGCAUUUGUGUGUGGAUUAUACUACUCUGGCUACAUCAGUAGACAGCAGUUUUACCACAAGAUGGAGAAUGGACAAAUCUUCAAACCUCUGGCAUGUUACUCAAGUGAACUGAUGUAAAUAAGUUGUCUCUUAUAUGGAAAACAAAGACCCAAAGUGAUGGCACCUGUGUCACUUCCAUUGGAUUACAAAGUUGGACAUUAAAAUGUGGCCACCUUCCACAAAAGCCAAGUUUUUGGAAGUGGAAUAUGUAGGCCAUUACUGUCAACUUACUCUACUUGCCACAAGGAUGUUACAUAUAAACUCAGGGUAAGGAUACUUUCCUCAUUUCACUAACCCUGACAGAUGGAUCAUCUAUCAAACUGAGUAUGACUGAUCAGGCUGACUGUUUAGCAUGUAACUAUAAGAAUCACAGCCAGCAACACUUUACGAACUCUCAAAAAGAGAGCCACACCAGUGGUUCUGCAAGAAACAGUCCACGCUGAGUACACUCCCCUGGAACAUAGGCAAAUUCCAAGAAGUUAGGAAUGCCCACUGUGAAAAAACUGGAUGGUAGGAGUGUGUCUUUUCUGCAUUUCGCAAUGCUUGACAACAGGAGAAAGUACAUGCACCUAUGGUUUCAUAACCUAACUUUUACACAGUCUAAAUCAGGAAGGUGUAUCACACAUUCAUACUUCAUGCAGAAAUCAAUUCUGAGCAUCACAUGUCUUAGGUAGAUUAAUAAUACCUUCAAGUCUCUUGACCAAUGUAUCCAAAGAGCACAAAAAUAUUCUUAAUGGAAAUACUGUAAUGGUAUCUCCAACAGAAACAGCUAGAAGAAAAGUGAUGGCUCACAAAGUACACAUUUUUAAAAGGAAUUCCUGUCUGGCUAUGCAGUGGGUGCAACGUUUCAACAACUUUCUGAUAACUGGGUGCUUAUUCAUUUUUUAUGAUGUUACAAAGUUAGUAUGAGCACAUGGGAGGAGAAACAGUAACCCAGACUGUUUAUUUUGUGUGUAAACAUUUGCCAAAUGCAAUGCCAUUGUCUAUGUGGUGAUUGUGAUGAUAAUUACACAUUCUAGUUUCCUUCUCAAACUAUUUUUGUACAAUUAUUGUCAAUAUGAAUACUUAAAUGUUUUGUAUUAAUUUAUUAUAAUAAAAAUAAAAUGGACAGUAUGUCAAACUUCA